UCCUGUGCACAAACAAACUUGUUAUUUCUCUGUCCUUUCUCUCUCUCUCUCUCUCUCUCUCUCUCUCUCUAAAGCAAUACAUACUCAUAGAGAAACAUGCUUUGUGAAAAUAAUUGAGUUUCUCUGCAGAAAAUUCAGCCACCCCCAUUGUUUUAUUCUCCAUAAAUUCUUCUCCUUGUUCACCCUCCAAGCUCAAUUUGGGGAGCUUCUUGUUGUUUUCCCAGAAUGAAACUCAAGUGAAUUAGGGUUUUUGUUUGUUUCUUUCUUUUUAAGUUUUAACUCUUGAGUUUUAGGCAAAAUUCGUUGAUUUUUUCUGGAAAGUUCGCGUUUUUCUGGGUUUUUGUUGCGUUUGAGCAACUGGGUUCGUGAGGAAUUGCUGCACGGUCAUGCCGCCAGCGAUGAUGGAUCCGUUGAUGCCGUCUUCUUUGAGCUCCGACUCUGUUUCUCGGAGAUCGGCGCCGGAGAAUCGGCGAUUCGGUAAUCUUAGAGGCUUGCAGUGGCGUAUAAAUCUUGGGGUGUUGCCGUCUUCGUCUUCAACUUCCAUUGAUGAUCUUCGUCGGGUCACGGCUGAUUCUAGAAGGAGGUAUGCCAGUUUGAGAAGGCGCCUCCUGAUUGAACCGCAAGUUCCAAAGAGUGGAACUAGUUCACCCAAUCUUGUCAUGGACAAUCCACUUUCGCAAAAUCCAGAUAGUACAUGGAGUCGCUUUUUUCGCAGUGCAGAGCUGGAGAGAAUGGUUGAUCAGGAUUUAUCACGUCUGUACCCUGAACGUGGCAGUUAUUUCCAGACACCAGGAUGCCAAGGCAUGUUGAGACGAAUCCUAUUACUAUGGUGUCUCAGACACCCAGAAUGUGGUUAUAGACAAGGAAUGCACGAAUUACUUGCUCCCCUGCUUUAUGUUCUCCAAGUUGAUUUGGAGCGUCUUUCAGAAGUUCGAAAGCUUUAUGAAGAUCACUUCACAGAUAGGUUUGAUGGCCUUUUAUGCCAAGAGGAUGACCUUUCUUACAGCUUUGAUUUUAGAAAAUCUCCAGACUUGAUGGAGGAUGAAAUUGGCUCCCAUGGAAAUGCAAUGAAAGUCAAUAGCCAUGAUGAGCUUGAUCCUGAAAUACAGACCAUUGUAUUGCUAAGUGAUGCUUAUGGAGCUGAAGGUGAACUGGGCAUUGUUUUAUCUGAUAAAUUCAUGGAACAUGAUGCUUAUUGUAUGUUUGAUGCUUUAAUGAAUGGGGCCCAUGGUUCAGUUGCAAUGGCCGAUUUCUUCUCUUCCUCCCCGGUACCUGGGUCCCAUACUGGCCUGCCUCCUGUGAUUGAAGCUUCUACUGCAUUGUAUCAUUUGUUGUCUCUUGUGGAUUCAUCUCUGCAUAGCCAUCUUUUUGAUCUUGAGGUUGAACCCCAGUACUUUUCUCUCCGAUGGUUGCGAGUUUUAUUUGGACGAGAAUUUUCACUUGACAAGCUCUUGAUCAUCUGGGAUGAGAUCUUUGCAUCGGAUAAUAGCAACAUGGAAAGAAGUGCUGAUGAUAACAUAGACUAUGGGUUCAGGAUCUUACAUUCACCUCGUGGAGCAUUUAUCUCAGCUAUGGCUGUGGCAAUGUUACUUCAAUUAAGAUCUUCACUACUUGCAACUGAAAAUCCUACAACCUGUCUCCAGAGAUUAUUGAACUUCCCUGAAAACAUUAAUAUUGAAAAACUUAUAGAGAAGGCUAAAUCCUUGCAGGCUCUCGCAUUAAGUGUUGAUAUUUCAUCCUCAUCACAUUUGUUUCUAGGGUCUCAUCACCAAAGUAAAUCGAUGUUUACAAGAUCUGUGACCCUUCCAUCUGAAUCCGUGUCUCCAAAAUCUCUUCUGAAUUUUUUACCUGAUAGCUACUGGGAAGAAAAGUGGAGAGUUGUCCACACGGCUGAAGAACUUAAGCAAGAUGAUGUAGAAAAACAGGUCCCAACUCAGAAAAAGGGAUGGGCAGAAAAGGUAAAGUUCAGUUUGAAAAGAACAGAGUCAGACCCACCUCCUUCAAGGAUUUGUAGUGGCAAAAAGGAACCUAAGGCUUCGGUUAGGCGAAGUUUGUUAGAAGAUCUUAAUAAGGCACUUGGUUCGGAGGAUGAUACAGAACAAAUGCACUCUCACGACAUCCUUUGCCAGCAGGAUAAUCCUUCUGAAGCAGUUGAAGUGGAGCAACAAGAUGGUGGCUGUAACGGGGACAACAAUUAUUCAUGUGAUGAUAGAUGUCCCAGUAGAAAUUCCGGCAGUGAGGAAGACUCAUCUAUAUAUUCUGACCCAACUAGUCCUCCUAAUGAGGCAAAUGAUCAUGAAAUUACCUCAGAGAAAAGUAGUGUUGCAUCUAAUUUAUCCCUUGGCGAAUGCAAUGAAACUUCAGAUACCAGUCCCAAUGAUUCAUAUCCCUUUCCGAUCUCUGAUCCUCCCGAGAACAUGUCUCAGACAUCAGGGUGCAAUAACGAUGAUGCAGGGAAUUCAGCCACACAUCCUAAAGAGACAAAACAGAAUAAAUUCCAGUGGUUGUGGAAGUUCGGACGGAACACUGCUGAGGUUAUCUCUGAGAAAGUAGGGGGUGCUGCCGAGGCUACAAAAUCUGCCAAAAGUUGUAGCAUUCAAAGUAAUACACUCCCACCAGCCUUUUCUACAACCAAUGGUCAUUGCAGUUCUGUUAGUUGCAAAGGAGAUUCUGUAGACCAGAAUGUGAUAGGCACUUUGAAGAAUAUUGGGCAGUCUAUGCUUGACCAUAUUCAGGUAAUUGAAUCUGUUUUCCAACAAGACAAGGGCCAGGGAGCCUCAUUGGAGAACGUAUCUAAAAAUGUUCUUGUUGGCAAAGGGCAGGUUACUGCCAUGACAGCUCUCAAGGAGCUUAGGAAAAUUAGCAAUCUUUUGUCUGAGAUGUGAGGUGAAUCUUGUAUUGAUUUGUAUAUAAGAUUUUGUGAUUACAAUUCUUUAGUGCCAAUAAAAUAAGUUUCUUGUGCUGCACUUCCAGUAUCCCACCAAAGUUUUGUAAAUGUUCAGAGAGAUGAAUUUGUAAAUAUAUGUAUUCGGGUUACAUAAAUAAAUUAAUGGCAGUUGAU